AUGCAGAGUCGAAUCUUGCAUCGGUCCACUGGAGCGAAAGGCGUGAAACUACAACGGUCACCUUCCGCGGUCCAGAAACGGAGAAAAGAUGGGCCCAGGUGCCGCAAGAGGCCCGCGUCGCCCGCUGACUGCAGGCCUGUUUGGGCCGUUGAGAAACCGUACGAGCACAGCUGCAAGAUAUGCGGGGACCGGUACAAGAGGUUGGAACACUGCAGACGCCAUGAGCAGACAUCCCAUUUCCCUGUAAUGAAAUCUCGCUGCGAGAUAUGUGGCAAAGAGUUCCCUCGCAACGACAACUGCAUACAACAUUAUAAGACGCACAUCAGAUUCGCGGAUAAGAAGAAGCCCCGUGGCAACGAGAAUCGGAAGUAUACAGUCGAGGAGUGUCUGCUUCUCGUCCAAGACGAGAAGGCUAGGACGAAAAUCCGGCAAUUCGGACUUGAGGGUUCAUCGGGGUGA